UGUCUAGCUGGGACUACGGCCGUUGAUCUCCGCCCAACUCUAUGGCUGCUCCCGGAAGCGAGCGCGUCGUCGUGGAGACGCUCUUCCCGCAGAGUUCUAUGGCUCCCUGGAGCGACUGAGGAGGAAGACCCGCCGCCGCCGCCCCCCCCCGGAGAACUCUUCGCCCCCGCCUCGCCCGCAGCCCGGCCUCAUGGCGGCCCCUCCGGCUCCGGCCGAGAAGCGCCGGCCUCGCGGGAUGCUGAAGCUGUACUACGGGCUCCCGGACCCCGCCGCGGGGGAGGUCCUGGGGGGCCCUGCGGGGGAGCUCGGGGGCCCCACCGACCUCAACGGGCCCCACUUCGACCCGGAAGUCUUCCUCACCAAGCUGCGGAAGGAGUGCCCCCUGGCCCAGCUGAUGGACUGCGAGACCGACAUGGUGAAGCAGAUCCGGGCUCUGGACAGCGACAUGCAGACCCUGGUCUAUGAGAACUACAACAAGUUCAUCUCGGCAACAGACACGAUCCGCAAGAUGAAGAACGACUUCAAGAAGAUGGAGGACGAGAUGGACUGCCUGGCCGCCAACAUGGCCGUGAUCACGGAGUUCAGCGCUAGCAUCAGCAGCACCCUGCAGGACCAACAUGAGCAGAUCACCAAGCUGUCAGGGGUCCACGCCCUCCUGCGCAAGCUGCAGUUCCUCUUUGAGCUGCCCGCCCGGCUGACCAAGUGCGUGGAGCUGGAGGCCUACGGGCAGGCAGUCCGCUACUACAGCAAGGCCCGCUCCAUCCUGCACCAGUACCAGCACAUGCCCUCCUUCCGAGGCAUCCAGGACGACUGCCAGAAGAUCAUGGCCGGCCUGGCCCAGAAGCUGCGCGAGAAGUUCCGGGACGGAGCCUCCGGGGCCAAGGACCUGGCCGAGUGUGUGGAGCUGCUGCUGCAGCUGGGCGAGCCGGCGGAGGAGCUGUGCGACGAGUUCCUCUCCCACGCCGGCUGCCGGCUGGAGGCGGAGCUGGAGGCCCUGGAGGCGGAGCUGGGGGCGGGCCCGCCCCCGGCCGGCGACAUCCUGGAGUUCACCGACCGGGGCUGCAACAACUUCGUCGGCAACACCUGCCUGGUCGUCGCCUCCUACCAGGCGCUCUUUGUGCAGCGGGAGGGGGCGGCCCCGGCCGGCGGCGGCAUCGCCCCCAUGGCCCACGCCAAGCUGGUGGCCUUCGUGGACGGCCUGAUGGGGCGCUACUUCGCCCUGGUGGAGCGGCGCAUCCGGCUGGAGCGGGGGGUGGGCGACAACUCGCUGCUGGUGCGGGCGCUGGACCGCUUCCACCGCCGGCUGCAGGCCCUGGCCCGGCUGCUGCCGGCCUCGCGGGCGGCGGCCGGGGGCACGGAGAUCGUGGUGCGGGCGGCCCAGGAGCGCAUCCGGCAGUACCUGCAGGCCCUGCGGAGCUUCUACGCCGCCUGCCUGACGGACGUGCGCCAGGCCCUGGCCGCCCCCCGCCUGGCGGGCAAGGACAGCCCCAACCUGGCGGAGCUGCUGGGCACCGUCUCGGCCGCCGUCCUCAACCAGAUCAAGUCGGUGCUGGCCUACGUCCACCUCUUCACCGCCAAGGACAUCACCUUCUCCAACAAGCCCUACUUCAAGGGGGAGUUCUGCAGCCAGGGCGUCCGCGAAGGCCUCGUCGUCAGCUUCAUCAAGUCCAUCUGCCAGACGGCGCGCCAGUUCUGCGAGAGCGCGGGCGACAAGGGCGGAUCGACGCCCCCGGCGCUGCUGCUGCUGCUCUCCCGCCUCUGCCUGGACUACGAGACUUCCACGAUCAGCUACAUCCUCACGCUGACGGACGAGCAGUUCCUGGUGCAGGACCACUCCCCCGUGACCCCCGUGACGGGGCUGUGCGCCGAGGCCCGCGAGGCCGCCCAGAAGCUGCUGAACCACUACGUGAAGGUGCAGGGCCUGGUCAUCUCGCAGAUGCUGCGCAAGAGCGUGGAGACACGGGACUGGGUCGCCACCAUCGAGCCGCGCAACGUCCGGGCCGUCAUGAAGCGCGUGGUGGAGGACGCCACCUCCAUCGACGUGCAGGUGGGGCUCCUGUACGAGGAAGGCGUGCGCAAGGCCCAGAGCAGCGACUCCAGCAAGAGGACCUUCUCCGUGUACAGCAGCUCCCGUCAGCAGAGCCGCUACGCGCCCAGCUACACCCCCAGUGCCCCCAUGGAUACCAACCUGCUGAGCAAUAUCCAGAAGCUCUUCUCGGAGCGCAUUGACAUCUUCAGCCCUGCGGAAUUCAACAAGGUCUCUGUGCUGACCGGCAUCAUCAAGAUCAGCCUCAAGACCUUCCUGGAGUGCGUCCGCCUGCGCACGUUUGGCCGCUUCGGGCUGCAGCAGAUCCAGGUGGACUGUUACUACCUGCAGCUCUACCUGUGGCGCUUCGUCUCCGACGAGAACCUGGUGCACUUCCUGCUGGACGAGAUCGUGGGCAGCACCGCCCACCGGUGCCUCGACCCCGUGCCCAUGGAGCAGAGUGUCAUCGAGGUCAUCUGUGAGCGUGGCUAGCCAGGGGCCCGUCCCCACGGCCUCUGUCCUCUGCAUGUAGGCCGCACUGGAUGAUGGGCAGGUCCUGUGGAAGCAGGCCCCCAAGUGGGAAUCCCCGCUCCAGACCUCACCUUGGGAGAAAUAAAGAGGAACUGGAUCCCA